AAUAUAUUUCUUAAGCAAAUCUAGAGACUAAAUCAACAUGGCUCACAUUGGAACCUUUAUAGCAAUUGCUCUGCUCGCCGCUGCGGCUCCGCCUUCUUGUCCAGGAGGUUGUGCUGGUUGGGUGCAACAUGGUUAAAAUGAUGAUUAAAUAAAGCAUGAUUUCAUUCGAAUACAUGCUGGCAUU